UUGGCUUUUCGGUUUCAUUUGAAGUUCGCUCGGCAACGCAACUAGCUGCGUUUUCCGCUCUCCGAUUUUCCGCCAGCCAGCGAUCCACGGAAUUGCUCGGCGGAUAAGAAGCCGGCGGCGGGCCAGCUACAGAUAAUACGGCCCCCAGAUCCAGCGCGUGAAAAUAACCGAUUUCGUAUCCAAAUGCGGCGCGGGGAGGGAUAAAUAACAAAUAGAGGCGAAAAAAAAAAUAAGAAAAAAAUAAAUAUUAAUAACUCGCAGAAGGCAAACAGCAAGAAGCGAUCGUAAAACAAGUGCCAGCGUUGCGAGUUUCUGUGACAGUGUGUCUGUGAGUUUUGGCUAAAGCAAAAAAACCGUGAAAUCAAACAAAAAAUAGUUAAUACUCACCAAACAAAAAAGGCGAGUAAACAAACAACAAAACCGGAGAAAUAAAAAUAAUACAAAAAUAAAUACAAAAUAAAAACACGAGCGACCAGCAAAAAAGAUCCAGUCAGAAAGGAAAUGUAGACCGGGCAGGCCGAUCUCGGAAAGAAUCCUGCAACCGCGAAUGUCACUCCUAGGGAAGCCGCUCAACUACAAUCGCGGCACCCGCCGCGAUGUUCGCUACCGGCGGCUCCAGAGCCGCCUCUACAACUUCCUGGAGCGACCGCGGGGCCUGCACGCCAUCUUCUACCAUGUUAUGGUAUUCCUGAUGGUGUUCACCUGCCUGGCUCUGAGCGUAUUCUCCACCAUCAAGGAGUACGAGGAGGACGCCGUCUACAUCCUGUUCCGAAUGGAGAUCCUGGUUGUCAUCUGGUUCACGAUGGAGUUCGGGGCCCGCCUGUGGUCCUCGGGCUGCCGAUCGCGGUACCAGGGCUGCAUUGGGCGGCUGAAGUUCAUCAAGCGACCAUUCUGUAUUAUAGAUAUAGUCACCAUUUUAGCUUCAAUUGUAGUAUUAGGCAUGGGCACUUCCGGUCAGGUGUUCGCCACGAGUGCCCUGCGAGGUCUGCGGUUCUUUCAGAUCCUGCGGAUGGUGCGCAUGGAUCGGCGGGGCGGCACCUGGAAGCUGCUCGGUUCGGUUGUUUACGCACACAGACAGGAGCUGAUCACAACCAUGUACAUAGGAUUCUUAGGUCUAAUAUUUGCAUCAUUCCUGGUCUAUAUGUGGGAGAAGGACGUCAAUGAUAAGUUCAGUAAUUUCGCACAGGCCCUAUGGUGGGGUGUGAUAACACUCUGCACGGUGGGAUAUGGAGACAUGGUGCCGAUCACCUGGCAGGGCAAGUUGAUAGCCUCCUGUUGUGCCCUGUUGGGGAUAUCCUUCUUUGCGCUACCAGCGGGAAUCCUGGGCAGUGGUUUUGCUUUAAAGGUCCAACAGCAGCAGCGGCAGAAACACAUGAUCCGGCGACGCCAGCCGGCUGCCACUCUCAUCCAGGCCGUGUGGCGAUGCUAUGCGGCCGACGAGCAUUCCGUGUCGGUGGCCACAUGGAAGAUCCAUCAGGUGGCCUUGCCCAGUCCGCCGGCCUCUUCUGAAAACUGGGAGCGAUUAUUAAAAAACAUAACUGAAUAUAGACGUGCCUCGUCCAGCUUUAAGCACAACACGUCCUUUGUGGCCCGCCUGCCCACCAUCCGGCGGCACAAGAGCCAAACGAUCCAGACACCGGGCGGAGGUGACGGCACCGGAAUGUCCAAGCCCCCGGGCUCGUCACGGGCCUCCACGCGCUACACCCGCACCAUUCGGGACAUCAAUGCGUCCGUCGAGAAUCUGGCCAGCCAGCCGCCAGAGUCGCUGGCCAACUGCAAACUCAGCUCCAGUGCCGGCUCCCUGGCCCAGUUUCCCGACCCGGAACCAGAGAUCCAGGUCCAUGUGGUUUCCGAGCGGGAUCAAGGCCAGGAGCUGGUCAAGAGUGAACCUAACCAGAGCUCCAGAAACCUAACCAUUCCGGUGGUGCUUUACGGUUUUCUCCACGGAAACUUCUUUGGCUCGACGUUGUCGCUGCGUGGUUCGCGAGUGGCUCCGGCCAACGACCGGGACGUAGAGGCUGGAUGCCACCAGGAGGAGGAUAAGCCAGGAGAAGAUGCCUGCCGGCGGAGUAACACACUACCCUUGCCCGGCAUCAGCCGGAGGAGUCCUAGUUCCAGUCCAAGCCGCAGUCCGGGCAGCGGACGCACGGGUCGCUUUUUUGCGGCUGCCUCGCACUUCCUGGAGACCGGAUUCUCGCACAGUGCCACCACUGGAGGCGGCGGUGGUGGUGGUGCAAGUUCAGAAGUGGCAAAUGAGGAUGAGGAGCCGCGCUGCACCCAGCUAACCAACCGGCACAAGACCGCCAUCCGCUUCAUACGCAAGCUCAAAUACUUUGUGGCUCGUCGGAAGUUCAAGGAAGCCCUAAAGCCCUACGAUGUCAAGGAUGUCAUGGAGCAAUAUGCAGCAGGUCAUGUGGACUUGUUGGGUCGCGUAAAGAUGCUACAUCUGCGAUUGGAUCAAAUCCUAGGCAAACAAGGCUCCAAGGCCAAGGAUGUGUACGCAUCUAAGAUAAGCUUAGCCUCUAGGGUGGUUAAAGUCGAGCGGCAGGUCGCUGAUAUUGAAGAGAAGCUGGACGUGCUGAUCAAGGCGUAUAUGGAGGAUCGUGAUAGAUUCCUGGCUCUUCCGUUGCCAGCCAAGCCCAAAAUACAUUCCAUUAGUCCCAACCACAAGCCCCUGCACCACGCCCACAAUCUGGCCAUGAUCGAUGUGUGGAAACGCACUGCGGCGCUGAGUGUCCAUCCGGAGCAGGUGACUACCACACCGGUGGUGAGUGCCUCGGUCACCGAUGGCUCCGAGCUGAAGUCCCUGACGGCCACACAAACGGCGACCACGACCACGGAUGCGAUAGCCACACAAACCCCCAUGCCGCCGCACAUGCAGCAUACAGCGACCAAUACAAAGUCUUCCGUGCUUAACUCAUAUCAGCUGGGGUCUGAGAAGCAGCAGCACAAUGAUGUUUUUAUGACUGAAUUAGAGAAUAGAACCAAAAAACGUGUUACGUUAAGCCUACAAAGAUCCACAUCGGAGCCAUAUAGCAAGCAGGAGCAACGCAUCAAUAUACCCGAUGAGGGUGCUGAAUCCCUGGACAGCAGUGCAAAGCCAACGCCGCCAGAUAGUUCAAUUAUACUAAUCGAUGAGUACGAGGAUUUCGAGGAGGAGGACCUUAACUGUGAAGGCGAAAUGGAACACUUCCCCUCCUGGGAGAUCGACAGUGAUAUUGGGGUCGAUGUGGACGUGGAUGCGGACGCCGAUGGCGACUGCGAUGAAUCCACUGAGGACACGGCCCUGCUGCAGUGCGCCACGCGUACUGCCAUUGUUAUAACACCAAUUAGCCCAGUAAGCUCCGCACACAAUCUUCAGCAGUUAAAUGACCAAACUACAACGCUUAAUAAAUCAAAUUUGCUUCCGCCAGACUCUGGCUAGUUAAAUGCAAUUGAAAAGUUAGCUUAUGUUAUCACUAGAAUUAUAUUAUGUACUAUUGAAUACAUGUUAAUGUCAUUUUCGGACAUCAUUUGUGUUCACAAUAUGGAUAGCAAACAAAUGAAAAUCAAACCAAUAAAUCUGCUUUAGCAAAACAAUUUUAAAUUUAA